AUGACCACCGAGGGCGGCCCGCCGCCGCCCCCGCCGCGCCCGCCGCCGGCUCCGCUCCGCCGCGCCUGCAGCCCGGCCCCCGGCGCGCUCCAGGCCGCCUUGAUGAGUCCGCCGUCCGCAGCCGCCUCCUCAGAGACCACCUCGUCGUCGUCGUCCUCCGCCGCCUCCUGCUCUUCCUCCUCUUCCUCCGCCUCCAACCGCGCCAGCGCCUCCGCGGCUGCCUGCAAGAGCGCGAGCGGCGGCGCGGGCGCCGGGAGCGGGGUCUCCAAGAAGGCGAGCUCCGGGCUGCGGCGGCCGGAGAAGCCGCCCUACUCGUACAUCGCGCUCAUCGUCAUGGCCAUCCAGAGCUCGCCCAGCAAGCGCCUGACUCUGAGCGAGAUCUAUCAGUUCCUGCAGGCGCGCUUCCCCUUCUUCCGCGGCGCCUACCAGGGCUGGAAGAACUCGGUGCGCCACAACCUCUCGCUCAACGAGUGCUUCAUCAAGCUGCCCAAGGGCCUGGGGCGGCCCGGCAAGGGCCACUACUGGACCAUCGACCCCGCCAGCGAGUUCAUGUUUGAGGAGGGCUCGUUCCGCCGCCGGCCGCGCGGCUUCAGGCGGAAGUGCCAGGCGCUCAAGCCCAUGUACCACCGCGUGGUAAGUGGCUUGGGCUUCGGGGCCUCGCUGCUGCCCCAGAGUUUCGACUUUCAGGCACCCCCGUCUGCGCCGCUCGGCUGCCACGGACAAGGCGGUUACGGCGGCCUCGACAUGAUGCCCGGGGGCUACGACGCUAGCGCGGGGGCGCCCGGCCACGCACACCCGCACCACCACCACCACCACCACGUCCCGCACAUGUCACCCAACCCAGGCACCACCUACAUGGCCAGCUGCCCUGUGCCCGCCGGGCCUGGGGGUGUAGGCACGGCCGGGGGCAGCGGCGGCGGCGGGGACUACGGCCCGGACAGCAGCAGCAGCCCCGUGCCUUCGUCCCCUGCCCUGGCGAGCGCCAUCGAGUGCCACUCGCCCUACACGAGCCCAGGGGCGCACUGGGGCUCUCCUGGAGCCUCGCCUUACCUCAAGCAGCCUGCCGCCCUGACUCCCAGCAGCAACCCCGCGGCCUCGGCAGGCUUGCACUCCAGCAUGUCCUCCUACUCGCUGGAGCAGAGCUACCUGCACCAGAACGCCCGCGAAGAGCUGUCAGUGGGACUGCCUCGGUACCAGCAUCACUCUACCCCAGUGUGUGACAGAAAAGAUUUCGUCCUCAACUUCAACGGCAUUUCUUCUUUCCAUCCCUCUGCUAGUGGGCCAUAUUAUCACCACCACCAUCACCAGAGCGUCUGUCAGGAUAUUAAGCCCUGUGUCAUGUGA